GCUCACACACCUGUUGCUUGCGAGAUUGAAAUAAAUUCGAAUAUUUAUAUAUUGAAAAUGCAGCGAUUUAUACAAAUAUUUGGUAAACAGAAAUGCAAAAUUAUAGGCAUGAUACAUGUGGAUGCGCUGCCAGGAACGCCGCAAUAUGCCGGCAACUGGGAGAAAACCAUUGAGAAGGUCGAACAUGAGGCGCAGCUGUAUAAGCAGCACCAACUGGAUGCUGUGCUUAUCGAGAAUAUGCAUGACAUUCCUUAUGUGCAGGAUCGUCUAUUGGGUCCAGAGAUUGUGGCCUGUAUGACGCGACUGUCGCAAGUUGUGCGCCGCAUUCUACCCCGUGAAACACCCUGUGGUGUGCAAGUGCUUGCCUGUGGCAAUAAACAUGCACUGGCUGUUGCCAAGGCCAGUCAAUUGCAGUUUAUACGUGCCGAGGGAUACGUCUUCGGUCAUGUGGCCGACGAGGGCUACACAAAUGCCUGUGCCGGCGAUCUGUUGCGCUAUCGAAAACAAAUCGAUGCCGAGGAUGUUUUGGUAUUUACGGAUCUGAAGAAGAAGCACAGUUCACAUGCCAUUACUCAAGAUGUUAGCUUAUUGGAAACAGCGCAUGCAGCUGAAUUCUUUCUCACAGAUGGCAUUAUCAUCACAGGCACAGCAACUGGACAGGCAGCUAGCUCCAAAGAUCUGCAGGAUCUUUCUGGCAAACUGAAAGUGCCGUUAAUCAUUGGCUCUGGCGUCACCAAAGACAACAUAAAACAAUACUACAAUAAGGCGCAAGCGGUUAUUAUAGGCUCACACUUUAAGUACAACGGCAGCUGGCAACAGGAUAUUGACGAGCAGGCUGUAGAGAAUUUCAUGCAUCGCAUAUGUGAACUGCGCGCAAAGAAAACAUUAUUUACCUAGAAAACUUUAAUAAAUUUGCCGCGAAAAGGUCGAUAAAUUA